UUGCUGCUGCGGGGAGGCGGUUAUCUUGACUCCGCAACCCGAGAGAAACGGCCGAUUGUAAGAAGGAUGGAGGCGGCGGAGUGGGCGGCGGCUGUUUAUCGGGUCUUAGAAAGGAAGGACCUGGAGAUGUGCACUGAAACUAAACAUCUUGGCUGAGUCAAUUGGUUAUCCAGAACCUGAAUACCAUCGACCUUUGAAGGUGGAAGGGAAAAUGUUCGUCCGUUUUGCCUCCAAGAAAAUAAUUGAAAUAUAAAUGUGACUGGACAAGCAUCGAGACACAUAUACCCGAGUGAGAGUGUUUCAGCACACUGACUGUGGAAGGAGCUUUAACCAGUUACACAGCCUGGACAAACAUCACACCAUUCACAGCAGAGAGAAACUGUCACCUGUUCUGUGUGUGGACAAGGUUCCAAUUGAUCGCCUCAACUGUAGAAACACAAAGACAUUGGCACCAUGGAAAAACCUUGGAAAUGUGAGGACUGUGGUAAAGGAUUCAUUUAUCCAUCCCGGCUGGAAUACCAUCGACGCAGUCACACUGGGGAGAGGCCGUUCACCUGCUCCAAGUGUGGGAAGGGAUUCACUCAGAAAACCUCCCUGAUGUUACACCAGAGAAUUCACACUGAGGAGAGGCCCUUCAGCUGCACUUACUGUGGGAAGAGGUUCAGGUAUUCAUCCACCCUCACUACACACCAGCGAGUUCACACUGGGGAGCGACCGUUCACCUGCUCCAUGUGUGGGAAGGGAUUCACUCAGUCAGCCAGCCUGCUGAAUCACCAGCGUAUUCACACUGGGGAAAAGCCGUUCACCUGCUCUGUGUGUGGGGAAGGUUUCACUCGGUCAUCUAGUCUUUGGUCACAUCAGCAAAUUCAUACUGAGGAGAAGCCUUUCAGCUGCACCUCCUGUGGAAAGAGUUUCGGGCAUUUAUUCACACUUGCUGUACACCAACGUACUCACACUGGGGAGAGACCGUUCACCUGCUCCGUGUGUGGGAAGGGAUUCACUCAGUCAUUUGACCUGGUUAGACACCAGCGGCUUCACACUGGGGAGAGACCAUUCACCUGCUCCGUGUGUGGGAAGGGAUUUGCUCGAUUAUUCAGCCUCCAGUUACACCAACGAAUUCAUACUGAGGAGAGUCCAUUCAGCUGCAGUACCUGUGGAAAGAGUUUCAGACAGUCAUCUGUCCUCAUUGAAUACCAGCGAAUUCACACUGAGGAGAAGCCGUUCAGCUGCACUUCCUGUGGAAAGAGGUUCAAGCAUUCUUCUGCCCUCACUGUACACCAGCGCACUCACACUGGGGAGAGACCAUUCACCUGCUCCGUGUGUGGGAAGGGAAUUGCUCGGUUAUCCAGCCUCCAGUUACACCAACAAAUUCACACUGAGAAGAGCCCAUUCAGCUGAAAUAUCUGUGGAAAGAGUUUCAGACAGUCAUCUAAGCUGACUGUACACCAGCGAAUUCACAUUGAGGAGAGACCG